AUGGUGACAAAAAUCUUACUGUCAGUUCUCUUGAUGCUGGGAGGUCACGACGCUGCGACCGUGUCCAUCCCGAAGGUCAGUGCGAAAUCGAUCCGCUGUGGGAAAGACCUGCAGAGUUACGAUCAAGGAUGGCACAUUGUAAGAAUGCAUACACACCACCAGAAUGUCACGGAGUGUCAUCAACAGGUUACAGCAGAGAUACAGAGAGACUGGAAGUGUCACAGAAAAGCCUUUAAGUGUGAAAUGCGGAGGAGUUUGAACCCGGAGCACUUCAAAAUAGAUCUGGCCCCGACCACAAGGAGAAUGAGCCUCCCCACUACUGUUGAGCUCCACCCACCUGCUGUUAAACCCCCCCACCAGCUCACCACCAUGCCCCUAUACGCUUUGGGAGCGAAAGAUCCUGGUGAUUACAAGUCACCUCCCAACAAGCCCCAGAGGUUUGGAAGGUCCUGGGAGGGGAUCGAAAAAUGUGCUGAAUAUGUCAGAGAGUUUCAGAACCCAGAAGCUCCCCAAAGACAGAGGAUAAACAUUCUGUGCUGGAGUCUUCUUCAAAUGUUAGCCAGAGCCAAGUUGUGGAACAGGCUUGCAUUGGUAGGUAAAUGUAAUGACUAG